AUGAGUUGUAUAUUGAGAAGGUUGUUAGCUUACAUGAUAGUUGGUCAGACAGAGAGGACUAUUCAGUACUUGGAGGAUUUACUGAGAGCUUAUGUUUUGGAGCAGGGAGGUAACUGGGAUAGUUACUUAUCGUUUGUUGAGUUCACCUACAACAACAAUUUCCAUUCUAGUAUUGGAAUGACACUGUUCGAGGCGUUAUACGGUAGAAGGUGUAAGACAUCUUUGUUAACUGGUGUUGGCUGUGUGUUGAAGUCUAAGAAGCCUACGUCGUGUUUCAUUGGUCCAUUUCAUAUUCUUCAGAAGUUGAUGAAGUACAUUCAUGAUACAUCUCAUGUGAUCCAGUUGGAUGAUGUUCAAGUUAGAGAGAACUUGACAACUGAGACUUUAUCAUUGAGGAUUGAGGAUCGUGAAGUAAAGCACUUGCGAGGAAAAGAAAUCACUUUAGUGAAUAUGGUUCGGGGUGGUCCUGCUGGUGGUAGUGUGACGUGGGAGCUCGAGAGUAAGAUGAAAAAGUCUUAUCCAAAGAUUUUCCCGUUAGGUAAUUUUCGAGGUAAAAAAUUCAUUAAGUGA